UUCCUCACAUGCUCUACUGAACAUUCCAGUGAAGCCCUGUGAUAAGAAACACUUCAUCUUUCCAGCUGAAGUUUUCUCUGACAUUUGAUUGUCUGCCUGCUCUACCCUUCUCUGCCUCUGGGGGGCAGAACUGCUCUGAACCCGAACCGGUAUAACGAGGAUUUCAUAACAACAGAACGGGACCAAAGUCCUCCUGUUCCAGAGCGGUCUGCAGCUGCAGAGGUUCCGUCUGCUGCUCCUCCCGGACCGACAGCCGAACAUGGACUUCUCUUUCGCGGGAAAACGGGCUCUGGUCACGGGAGCGGGAAAAGGAAUCGGCAGGGCGACGGCGCUGGCUCUGGCUCGCUGUGGGGCUAAGGUUGUGGCGGUUACACGAACUCAGGCGGACCUGGACAGCCUUGUGCAGGAGUGCGCGUCCAUCACCCCCGUGUGUGUGGACCUGGGAGACUGGGCUGCAACAGAGGCUGCGCUGCAGGACGUGGGAGCCAUCGACCUGCUGGUCAACAACGCCGCCUGUGCUAGGCUGCAGCCGUUUCUGGAGGUCACAGCUGACCAGUUUGACCAAUCGUUUGACGUGAAUGUGAAAGCAGUGCUUCAUGUGUCGCAGAUCGUGGCUCGUGGGAUGAAGGCUCGAGGAUCAGGAGGCGCCAUCGUCAACGUGUCCAGCCAGGCGUCCAAGCGCGCCGUCAGGGACUAUGCGGUCUACUGUGCCACAAAAGGGGCUCUUGACAUGCUGACGAAGGUGAUUGCUCUGGAACUGGGACCCCACCAGAUCCGGGUGAACAGUGUGAACCCCACUGUGGUGAUGACGGACAUGGGGCGUCUGGGCUGGAGCAACCCAGACAAAGCCAAGAGCAUGUUGACCCGCAUCCCGCUGGGCCGCUUUGCAGAGGUGGAGGAAGUGGUGGACAGCAUUCUGUUCCUGCUCAGCGACAGGAGCAAAAUGACCAACGGAGUCACUCUGCCGGUGGACGGGGGCUUCCUGGCCUGCUGACCCCCACCAGCCCAGCCUGCUGCGUCCACCCACCGUAAAAUAAAGUCAUCUUUUGCACAA